ACUGAAGAUCACUGUACAUCGUCGCCAUUAUAGCGACGAGUUCGCGAGAAUUGUAGUACGCGACAAAAAUCGUCGUUUACGGCGAAAGGGAGACAAUCUCUCCCAAAAUAAGUGUUUUACGUUUUUCUUAAAGUCUUAAUUAUCUCAAUUUUGUCCAUACAAAUUACCUUCUUGAAGGUUUUUUUUACUUUGGAACUGACGAACAUGGCUUAUUGAAAAGAUGAAGGGUUUGCAGCAAAAAAUUGUUUCUCCAUACGGAGGAGAUAAUAUCUCAAUCAUCGCAAACAUUUUUAACGGCAUUUGCCGUCUUUAUAAUGGAAAAAAAGUCGAAAUUCCCGCAAUCCACGUCCAAAGGGACGGGAAAUGAUGUCAAAAAAAAUCAAGUCGAUAUUGUUAGUAGCAGACCAUUUCCAAAAUCUUCACGUAAACGUGAACCAGUUGGUGCAAGUAACUUUUCAAAAUAUGAUCAGCCUAGGAAAUCCUUUGCACAGAAAGGAAAAAGUUUUGAUAAGAGACCAAAAUCUAAAGGAUAUUAUAAUGGCAGUUCAAAGGAGGAUUCCAAGGUAGUUGAAGAGUUGGCUGAGCCAGGCUCAGUAAUGAAUCAAGGAAGUAAAAAGCAGAAUUUAAAUCAUCUGCUAAAUUUUCAUUAUGCUCCACGCGACAUGCGGAAUGGAUCCAAUACAUGGAAUAGAAGAAGAACAUUGAAUUAUAAUCAUAAUAGCAAUCGUUGGCUUCCACCUGUUCAACGACACAAAUACAAUAAGGAACAAUUUUUGCAAGCAAAUUGUCAAUUUAUUGUGAAUGCAAAUGCAGAUUAUACUGCAAAUUUAGCCGAUCCUGAUAUUUUAGUUGAAUGGAAAUUCAUUGAGCAGAUUAGAUUACAUACUUCUGACAAAUUGUCGUGUCCAAUUUGUUUGUGUUCGCCCAUUGCUGGAAAAAUGACAAGAUGUGGACACGUUUAUUGUUGGGCUUGCAUUUUACAUUAUUUGGCAUUGUCUGAUAAAACAUGGCGCAAAUGUCCCAUUUGUUAUGAGUCAAUUCACAAAUCCGAUUUGAAGAGUGUUGUUGAAAUUGAACAGAAUUUAAUGAACGUUGGGGAUAAUGUGAAAUUACGUUUAAUGCGUCGAGAGAGAGGUUCAUUAAUUGCAACAUCAGUACCGGAAAAAGAAAUACCAGCACCCACUGCUUUUUUCUCAGUCUCUGAUAAUUCCCACUGCCAAGUUUAUUCUAAAUUACUUCUGGCUAAUGUUGAAAACAUUAUUGAUAUAAUUGAAUGCGAGAAAGUUCAGCUAAAACUUGAAUUACAAGAAGAUCCUCACUGUCCCGAAAAUUGUUUUAUCGAUCAAGCUCUCAAUGAAUUAGAAAUUCGAGAGCGUGAACUUUUAAUGGGACCCAAUUUGAUUGGUCAAGCGAGUGUGGAAUUAAAAAAGGAAAACGUUGAUAAAUGCCAGGAGGUGCCAAAAACCGAAAUUGUUCACGAAACAAUAGCAGAUAAUAAUAUUGAAAUUAAUAAAAACGACGAUGAUAAUAAUGAGUUAAAUGAAGGAAUUGCCGAAAUGAAGAAUGAUAAUGAGGCGCAAUUUGAAGUUGUUAAAUCGUGGUGGGAUGGAGAAGAAUAUGAAUUAAUGACUUCGAAAAAUGUCUCUGAUCAUACAAAUGUACAACCACCUAAGCAAAUGGAAAAUCAUGUCAAUGAUUUGCUCACUUCUUUUAAUGCGCAAAAAUUCUUUUAUUUUUAUCAAGCUGAAAACGGACAACAUGUUUAUCUUCAUGCGAUGAAUGCAAAAAUGUUGGAAAUGGAAUACGGCAGUUUGGAACAUUGUCCAAGAACAAUUAUGGGAAAACUUUUAGAGAAAGAAGAAGGAAGUUUAACUGAAGAUUUGAGACGUCGUCUUCGUUAUUUAUGCCAUUUACCACUAACAUGUCAAUUUGAAAUUGCUGAAAUUGAACUAUUGCCACCUCUUGUUUCGCAAAAUGUCCUUCAACAAUUUCAUGAACAAUUGGAAACGCGACAGAGAAAAAGACAACGCAAAGAACGUGAGGAACGAAAGAGAGAAAAGAAAAUAAACGAAGAGGAAAAUAAGCGUAUGGGAAAAUUUCCAACAAGAAAAGUUCAUAUUGAAUCACGUCGUCAUUUUCCACAAUGGCAACCUGAUUAUUCUUCAUUACAAAAUGAAAUUUCAAUACCAACGCCUUCGGAAUCAACAGCAACGUCAAGUUUAGCAAGUAGUCCAUCGUUGAGUACAUUUGAGGAGGUAUCUGCAAUUGAUGAAUCUAUUGUUUGGCCGUCAAAUAAUAUCGAUUCUGGACCAUCAUUCGCUCAAAUGCUUCGUCAAAAUGGACAUCGUUCUGGCAAUGCUUGGCCAUCAAUAAAAACACGAUCAAAUCCUCCUCCUCCUCCUCCUGAAAUAACACCUGUUCAACAAAUUGACGAAGAAGGAUAUGUUUCCCUACGUAAUUUUAAUCCGACUUUUGGCGAUGCACUUGCCCAAGCAUUGGAACAAUCUAGUUUAGUGGAAUCAGCUGUGGACAAAUCUGAGGAAAAUACAAGUGGUGGAAAGAAGAAGAAAAAGAAAAAUAAACCAACUGUAUUGUUCGCAACUGGAAUGGCACGUGCAUCUUAAAUAGACAUUGUGUUUUAGAAAAUACAUUGCGCAGCUUCUUUAUGCAUUAAAAUUCUUUUCUUUUAAAAAAUAUGAUUAUCUAUUUAGACAUUUAUUGAACGACAGUAAAGAAGAAAAAAAUAGUCUAUUAUUUCUUCUGAUUUUAUGUUAAAACGUUAUUGCGUGAAUAUUUUGGUUGUAAAAUAUAUUUUACUUUGGUCUGCUAUGCUUAAAAAUUAAAUUUAUCUUAAAUCGCUAAAAAA